AUGUCUACCGGAGUAUAUCGUGUCGCUUUGCACAUUUUAAACUCGAUUCAUCUGAUUUUCGGGUUAGCUAUCGCGUCUGCUUCGAUAUGGUUCUUCUGUGAGGUGCACGACUUCACGACCCUGAGGAAUAGCAACCAUUAUCUCCUGGACUACACAGUAUAUUGGCCUCAAGCAGUCCCAUGGAUGUUCUUCAUAGUAGCGCUAUUUUCCAUCGGCGUAGCGUCAUGUGGAUUCGCAAGUACUAAGAAGAAGAGUAAAUCACUUCUAACCGCGUACAUAAUCGUGCUAUCAGUUGUGGUGGUGUGUUUGAUUACAUCUGGUAUAGUUGCUUUAGUUUUCGCUAACAGUAAAUCUACAGACGAUUUCGUCAAAGACACGGUAUGGGAUGUGUAUUUCCAAGCGAAAGGGGAUAACGAUGUGGCAGCGUCCUUUGGAGUUAUUGAGAGGAAGCUUCAUUGCUGUGGAGCUGACAGCCCCCGGGAUUAUAAAAAUUGGAAGUCAGAGUUCCCUGUUUCGUGCUGUGACGUUUAUUACCGCGGCUGGUUAGAGCCGUAUGCGCUUGACUGCGAAUUCACAAACAAAUUAGCGAACGAAAGACACGGAUGUUCUACAGUUGCUGCGCAAUAUGCACGUAUAGCAAUCGUCGUUUUAUCAAGCGUAGCACUCCUUACAGCUGUAAUUGGUAUGAUAUCGAUUGCAUACGCCGUUGUGUUCUCCAGAGCUCUAGAGAAGAGGAGUCGCCCGCCACCCCAAAACGAAUUCGAAAGCAAAAAGGUUCUAUUG